UGUUGUUUUAUCUAAUUUAAGUAAAAAUUAUGGAAGACCUCGAGAAAAAAAAAGAAAAUGUUCAACCAUUGCGCGGUGGCCGCAAUUUUGCGCAACUUAAAUUUGCGUUAACUUCGGACCCAACGGUUUGUGAAGAAAAACGAUUACUUGAAGAAAAAAUAGCAAAGUAUAACGGAUCUGACCCAUUAGAACCUUGGUACGAAUAUAUUUUUUGGAUUGAACAAAGUUUAACGGCAACCGGCAAUUACGCAUCACUAAAAAAAAUUCUCCUUCACUGUAUAGCAAAAUUUGAAAGAAAUGAGCGAUAUUACCAGGAUCGACGUUUUCUUAAAUUAUGUAUUAAAUAUAUUGACGCACAAACUUCACCACAUGAAUUAUAUGAAGAAUUAUAUGAACGUGGCAUCGGAACGCUUUGUGCUGAACUAUACAUUGCCUGGGCUCACUAUUACGAUUCCAAAAAUAAUAUUUAUCUAACUGAAGCCAUUUAUCAGAAAGGUUUUGAUGCUCGAGCAUCUCCUAAAGAGGAUUUAAUUCUGGCUUACAAACAGUUUUGUUUUUCAAAGUCGCAGAGAUUGCUUCAUUAUGAUCAGUCCUCAAAACAAAUAUUUGACCCACAUUUUGUUGAGCGAAGACAUGCUUUAACAUCACUUAAAAUGCAAAAUAACGGAAAAGUUGGUAGCAUGCGAACAGGUAUCGCCGUACGCACCUGUUUCCCGGGCCUUGUCGAUCAGGAAAGUAUGCCACAUAAGGAGACAAAUAGUAUAUCAGUAUACAGCGGAAAAUCCGAAACUUCAGAAGCUAUAAACCAUUCAAUUGUUGAAUAUUUGGUUAAUACCAAUAAGGAUAAUGAAAACGCUUGUGAGCCUGGUCCAUGGUCUAACAAAAAUCCAAAUUAUAAACGAGGACCAUUGUUUGGUAUACAUCACGAUUUGUCUUUCCACAUUCCAAUGGAUAUUAACGACCAAACAAUAAACAUAAAAGUGGACAAUUUAUAUAGAGGGAUUCAGUUACCCUCGAAUCACAGACGUUGCAAUUAUCCACAGAGGCAUUUUGUAGUAGCGGCAUGUGACGAUGAUAAACCAUCCGGAUUCCCAAUGUAUAACAAAAUUUGCUUAUAUUGCCGAGCACCGGAACAAGAUUUUAGUCCUGAAGAGUUUCAUGGUUACCAGCAUUUCAAGAGACGUGAGCUCAGUAGCAAAUUUUUUGAACAGUAUGAAAGCAUAUGGGACAAUGGUGCUCAUGUUACGAUACGUCUUCACCCGUAUCAUAUGCGUUCCUACAAAUGGAGCUUGAGUAAACAAUCUGUAGUUGACGGAAAUGAGAAAAAAAGCAUAAACAGAAAACCCCAUGUUGAAGAAUGGUCGACAGAAGAAAUGCGUUUUCAUAAAUGGAAAAAUGAUGGGAUUAAACGUUAUCCAGAUUUCAAGCACAGCAACGACAUUUUCCAUGCAGAUAUGGAAGAAACUACCGUGCAGUCUAAACAAGAGCCAGUGGCUUCUCGUGGAGUUUUUCCAGUUUCCACGAAUGCUAGUUCUUUGGUAGAAACUGACAUUUCAAACAUAUCAUACAUGCCUAUGACAAAAGAGGAAAAACUCAAAAAUUUAAAUCUAUUAUCUAGUAAAACCAACGAUGCAUCAGAAAGAGGGUAUUCAAGAAAGAUAAGUAAAUCAGAUGUUCACAAACGACGAUUCGAGGAAUCUCCGCCAGAAGUUACUAGUAAAAAGAUAGCACAACAGACGGAGUUAUCAAAUAAAGAUUAUAUGUUAGCUAAACUGAAAACUUUUCCAAAGGAUAACCGGAAAUUGGAAGAAAAUUUUCCAAAAAUUGAGGAUGGUGAUGUUUUCGUUGAGACUAAGGAAUUAUCACCAUAUUAUACCAACGACUCAUGUUCAACACACACGUUCAACAUGUUUGUACAAUCUCAAAGUACUCCAUUAACAUUAAAAUGCAGGGGUACUGAAAUAUCUUUAUCGCGACAACAUUUAGUGCAGCACGAUGGCAACAUAUAUGCGAGUGAAAUAAUCGCACAUUCGACCGAUAACAGUAAACACGGUGAACUAAAAGAUCCAAUAAUCACUGAAUCGACUAGCACAAAUGAUCCAAAACAGCUGUCAACAAUAAUUGAGCGAACAGAGACUAGUGCAUCCUCCAAAUUAUCUGUUUCUUAUCCAGCCGAUUCCAACUAUAAGGCAAUUCUAUCGGUGCCGGAACUGCCAUCUCGAAAUACUGAUACUGCAAUGAACAAAGCCAUGGGACCAAUGAUAGAAUCAAAUGAUCCAUUUUCUGUACAACAUUUAAUUGAGUUUUCAAUGUGUACUCGUGAAACUGAGUAUAAAAACGAUGAGUUUGAUAAAACGCUAGGAGUGUGCGAGCCUCUCAUAAUAAAUGCUUUUACAAUUCAUAAUGAUAGUUCCGAAUUGUUGGACAACACAUGCCUUGUUUUGAAAACAGCCCAGAAGACUUUGGAAUCAAACAAAAGAAAUGAUAAUUAUGAUGAGGAUGUUAUCAGAAAAAACUUUGUCCGCCAAGAAAGAGACGAAAAUCGUGAAUGUCCAAUAAAUCAACUGACGUGCAAAAUUAUCACAGAAAACACCAAUAACCUUCCAUUGUCGAUAGGAGAAAUCAGCAAAUUGGUUAAAUCUCGUUUACAUUUUAAAAAUGAAGAAUCACUAAAUGAUAUACUGAGUGAGACACCGAUCUCGAAAACAGCAAGCAUAUUCAUUGAAGGGAGCACUCCAAAUAUUGAUUGUCUAGAUACUAAGUAUAGUUCUUUUUUCGACUUUCCCGAUGCCAUGUGUCGUCAAAAAACAAGUAAUUCAAAUCCACCUGAAACAUUGAUGACCGUGCCAGCUACCAACAGUAACUCCAGAUCUAGCCCCACAAACAUAAAAAAUAUGAUGGGGACUAUUAAUACAAUCGAUCUGCAUUCGUCUAAUAAGUGGUGUUUAAUAGAGGAUAUGAAUACAGAGGUAUUCUCACUAAACAUGGAUAACAUAAAAAAUUCAACUCUGCUGGAAGCUUCCAGAACAAUUAAUUUAAAGUUGAAUGACAUUUUACCACAAGAUAUACAUGAAGAAGAAAUCGCUCAAAUUACACUGAAUGACAAAGAACAUGACGAAAACUCUGAAAUUUCUCCCGUAUCUAUUUUUGAUACUAGUAUAACUGUUGAGCCUCCCAUUGAACAAUAUUUGGGUAAAAGUAUAUAUUUUAGAAAGAAACCACUAUCCGUGGAGGAGAAACAGGAGUGGGACGAAAUUGAUGAACACUUUAAUCCAGAAAAUAAUGAAUACAUGAAGAAAGAUGUAGAUCUUGAUGGGACAAUGCAGUUUAUUUACCAGCAAAUUCAAGGAGUAGAGGUCGAUCCAUUUGAUUCCAAAUUAAAGGAAGCGUUUCUAGAAAAGAUAAAUUUUAUGACUUAUAUUGAAGAGCUACCUACAUGCUCAUUAGUCAACAAAAUUCAACCGUUAUCCAAGGGAAUGACAGAAAAUGUCAACGGCACCAAGAUUUCAGUAAUUAAAAAAAUUGGUGAAGGAUCUUUUGGAACAAUCUACUGCGGAAAAAAUAUCUCAACUGGUGAAAUAGUCGCAAUGAAACAGGAGCGCCCAGCGAACCUUUGGGAAUACUAUAUUUGCUUAGAGCUGAGGAGUAGGAUUAAUCAUGAUGAUAUUCUUUCGGGAUUCAUGAAUGUGGAUUAUGCAAUCAUCGGUAACAAUGCUAGCACUUUAAUAUCUCGUUUUUCGCCUUUUGGAAAUAUUUUGGACAUUUGCAAUGUAAUGAAAAGAAUAACAAACAAAAAUAUUGAUGAGUUCAUUGCUAUGUUUAUCACCAGUCAAAUACUCACGAUUAUAGAUCAUCUACAUAGUUGUAUGAUUAUUCAUGCGGAUAUUAAGCCGGAUAAUUUCUUAUUAAUGACUCCACUAAAUUUAGAUUCCAGUCGACUGUCCAUACAGCUGAUCGAUUUUGGAGUUUCCAUCGACUUAAAACUUUUUCCGAAAAGUACCACUUUCACGAAGGUUGUUAAAACGGAGUGCUUUACCUGCAUUGAAAUGCUUGAAAACCGUUCAUGGACAUACCAGCCCGAUCUGUACGGUGUAGCGGGAACAACUCAUGUAAUGCUGUUUGGAAGGUAUAUGGAGAUUCAGAAAGAAGUAAUUAACUGGAGUAUUAAAACACGGAUGCCACGUUACUUCCGGAAAAACUUGUGGGAUAACUAUUUUUCUACAUUGUUGAAUAUAAGAGAUUGUAACGAAAUGCCUAAUCUGCAAACUCUAAAAAAUUUACUGCUAUCAGAAAUAAAUGACAAUGAGAGAUAUGUCCGUGACAAGCUAGGCGAAUUCAAUCAUACGCUUUCGUCAGUGUAAAUACCCAAAUAUAACAAGGUUAUCUAUUAAAAUUUUGCAUAUGGUAGUACAUAUAUGUAAUUAUGAUGGUUGAAUAUUAAUAAACUGAGAAUAGGAUAGUUAAAGAAGAUAUCUCUACAAAGAAUAUGCAUUGAUUAUCUGAAAAAUAAGGGAAACCCGAAAAUGUCAGAGUAAGUCGUUUCAACCUGGCAAAAUCUAGGAAUGUCGGGAAUUUCAUUUAAAGUCGCAGAUUUUUUUAAUUGGAAGAAAAU